CGACUGUUCCCGUCGCUAGACUGCCAGAACGUCACCUCCUCUACGUCAAGUUCUCCUCCUCAGCGCAUACUUCCUACAAACGCAGCUUCUGCCAUCCGAUCCACAUUCCAGCACCAUCCAACAUGGAAGGCUUGGACACCGCCUCCGCCAUAGACGACUCCAACGAAACAAUCCACUUCGGCCCCGCCGCACCCGCUUCACGAGCCCCAGGCGGACCGCCUCUCGCACGAGAGAAUCUAGGCUACAAUGGCCCUCGCUCAGGCCACUGGUCAGUAAGAAGCACGGUCUUUGGCUCGGGUAUCGAUGACGCCUGUCCUACACUCCACCACCUCUCUCCAGGGGGAAAUUGCAUGCCUAGUCACGUGCGACCGCUGGAUGGAAGUGUCGUCAAAAGACUUGCCAAAGCGACUGAGUGGCAGAGAAAACAACAAGAGGCAGCAAGUGCGCCGGGAGAUGGCGCUGUUGCAAUUGGGCGAGAGCAGGAAGAGUCGAAACCUGAGAAAAUCGAAUUGCCAAAGCUGAUGAAGGGCUUUUACGUGCCCAAGCAUGAUACGCGAGGCAUUCGUAUUGCCAGGAAAGAUGGGAAGGAGAAGGUGGUAAGACGGCCGGUUCUCCCAUCACCCGUCAUCAACAAAGCCAACACUGAGAAAGGAGAGGUCGCAAAAGAGAAGACUCGCGCAGAGCCGACAGCACCUCAGCCAACACCAAAGCGCGAAAGUGCCAUCUCCAUCAAGUCACGCGCAAGCUCUAAGAGUAAGCGCGCCGUACGGAUUGUGAGCAAAAACGGCGAGGAGCGGAUGAUGGAGCUGCCGAAUAUCAACUACACGGCCGUCACUGUCGCACCACUACAAACGAGGUCACAACCCUCCAAAAGCAACAUGCCAUCGCAAGGGGGCGACGAGCGAGUAGAUUCAGCUGAGAGAGACAUCAAAGCGGCGCAGAUCGCAAGACGCCUGCGCGAAGAAAGGCUCGCGCAGGAGCGCUUGAACGAGCAGCGCGAGGCCGAGGCGAAAGCGGCAGCGGAAGCGAAAGGGGCAGCAGAGGCGAGAAUGGCAGCUGAAGUAAUGAUGUCUGGCGCCAUCCCGGCCGUUCUAAAAAUGCCAUCGGUCGGAAAGGCCGCUUCAACUCUUUCCACGAGAUCGUCUGGUCGAGCUUCCGAAGGCCGAUUCGAAGGCAUCCUCCACGGCCCGUCAAGAGCGUUAUCGCUGGCUUCAAGCAGGAUGACUGUCGCCGGAUCACAAAGGGAUGCAGGCGCGCAUUCGCCGCCGCUUGCUUCGGCUAGCAAAGUACGAAGCGUUUCCGCGCAGCAAGUAUCAGAGCGCGCAUGGACGGAAGAGAAGAACUCGGCGCUCAAUGCGAACAAACCAACUUCCUUGGCCAACGGCGGUUCCGAGCAACAAUCCGUGAUGCAAGCGUCCUCCCACUCCUCACACGCAGCAUCCGAAUCCCAUCACACGAGGGCAGAGCACUCAAAUAGAUACUCGGCAUCCACUCGUUCGGCCGCCGCCUCCUUCUCAUCCCAUCGUACUCACCAUGCCCACCAUUCAUCCCACCACUACUCAUCCCCCCAAACCCCACCCCUAACAAUCUACGCAGGCCGAGGCUGGAUUUCCCCCCAUCCACUCAGCAUCGCCCCCUCAGAAUUCCAAGAAGCGCCCCAAGCAGCGAUAAACGUGCCUAAUGGCGCGGCGGGCGGCGCUUUAAGGUUGACGUUUGAGGAGUGGAAGAGGAUUCAGCGGGAGGAGGUAAGGGAGGAGAGUGGGCAGGGAAGAAGGAACUUCUCGAGGUCGAGUAGUGGUCGGGGCGCGUAUGCGGGUGGGAAUUGGUGGUUUAGGGAGGUUGGGUUUGGGAGCGUUGGUGGGGGAGAGGGGUUGGAGGAGGGGGGGAGAUGGGGAGGUGGAAGUGUGAGUCGGAGUGCGAGUGGGAGGGGAAGUGAGAGGACGUUUGAGCAUGCUUUUGAUGGAGCGCAGGAUGGGGAUGGGAAGACUUGGCUGCGUAUGCCGUGGGAUGGUCAUGACAAAUGGUGAAGAUCGUGGGUAGCUGGAGAGUGGCGAAGAAUGCAUAACCGGAAGUGUCCAUUAGUACUUUGCGGACCACAAGCCGUAGCCUUGCGAAAUACUGCUUGCCAUGCUCGGAAUUCUCGGAAUUCUCGGAGUUCCCUUUAUUUCGCUCUUGUAUCGAGGCUUUUGAUAAAUGCCGUUGGCUACGUUCCUCCUACCAACUAGAGAUUCCU